ACUUGGAGGAGUUCUUACUAUCUGCCGAUAGGUACUUCAUGGUUGGCCACAGAGUCAUAUUUUAUAUCAUGGUGGACGGUGUCUCCAGGAUGCCCUUGAUAGAGCUGGGUCCUCUGCGUUCCUUCAAAGUGUUUGAGAUCGAGCCUGAGAAGAGGUGGCAGGACAUCAGCAUGAUGCGUAUGAAGACCAUUGGGGAGCACAUUGUGGCCCACAUCCGGCAUGAAGUGGACUUCCUCUUCUGCAUGGACGUGGACCAGGUCUUCCAAGAUAGCUUUGGAGUGGAGACCCUGGGCCAGUCAGUGGCUCAGCUGCAGGCCUGGUGGUACAAGGCAGAUCCCGAUGAGUUUACCUAUGAGAGACGGAAGGAGUCUGCAGCCUACAUUCCAUUUGGCCAGGGGGAUUUUUAUUACCACGCAGCCAUUUUUGGAGGAACACCCACUCAGGUCCUAAACAUCACCCAGGAGUGCUUCAAGGGAAUCCUUCAGGAUAAGAAAAAUGACAUAGAAGCUGAGUGGCAUGAUGAAAGUCACCUAAACAAGUAUUUCCUUCUCAACAAACCCACUAAAAUCUUUAUCCCCAGAAUACUGCUGGGAUUAUCACAUAGGCCUGCCUUCAGAUAUUAA